AUAUAAAUGAGUGUGCUCAGAAUCCCUUGCUGUGUGCUUUUCGUUGUAUCAACACUUACGGUUUCUAUGAAUGCACAUGUCCAGUCGGCUAUGAACUAAGAGAAGACCAAAAGAUGUGCAAAGAUCUAGACGAGUGUGCUGAAGGUCUCCAUGACUGCAAAUCGAGAGGCAUGACGUGCAAAAAUUUGAUUGGUACUUUUAUGUGCAUUUGUCCUCCUGGAAUGACCCGGAGACCUGAUGGAGAGGGCUGCACAGAUGAAAAUGAAUGCCGCACCAAGCCAGGUAUCUGUGAAAAUGGUCGUUGUAUGAACAUUAUUGGGAGCUACCGAUGUGAAUGUAAUGAAGGAUUCCUAUCAAGUCCAUCAGGCAUUGAGUGUCUCGAUAAUCGCCAAGGGUUUUGCUUUGCUGAAGUUUUACAGACAAUGUGUCAGAUGGCUUCAAGCAGCCGGAAUCUUGUCACUAAAUCUGAGUGCUGCUGUGAUGGAGGCCGGGGCUGGGGUAACCAGUGUGAGCUCUGUCCACUUCCUGGAACCACCCAGUAUAAGAAACUCUGUCCACAUGGACCAGGCUACACUACAGAUGGAAGAGAUAUUGAUGAAUGUAAGGUCAUGCCAAACUUAUGUAGAAAUGGACAGUGUAUUAACACUAUGGGCUCCUUCCGAUGCUUUUGCAAAGUUGGCUAUACCACUGACAUAAGCGGCACAUCUUGUAUUGAUCUUGAUGAGUGCUCUCAGUCUCCUAAACCAUGCAAUUUUAUCUGCAAGAACUCAGAAGGGAGCUAUCAGUGCUCAUGUCCUCGGGGCUACAUCCUUCAGGAAGAUGGAAAGACAUGUAAAGAUCUUGAUGAAUGUCAUACCAAACAACACAAUUGUCAGUUUCUCUGUGUCAACACCCUUGGAGGCUUCACAUGCAAAUGUCCACCUGGUUUUACACAACAUCACACAGCUUGUAUUGAUAACAAUGAAUGUGGUUCUCAGCCAUCGCUUUGUGGAUCAAAAGGAAUUUGCCAAAACACUCCUGGGAGUUUUACCUGUGAAUGUCAAAGGGGAUUUUCUCUGGAUUCUACUGGAUUGAACUGUGAAGAUGUGGAUGAAUGUGAUGGAAACCAUAGGUGCCAGCAUGGCUGUCAAAACAUCCUAGGUGGAUACAGAUGCGGAUGCCCACAAGGAUAUAUUCAGCAUUACCAGUGGAAUCAAUGUGUUGAUGAAAAUGAGUGCUCCAAUCCUAAUGCGUGUGGCUCUGCUUCUUGCUACAACACACUUGGAAGUUAUAAGUGUGCCUGCCCAUCUGGAUUUUCUUAUGACCAAUUCUCCAGUGCAUGCCAUGAUGUGAAUGAGUGUUCUUCUACCAAGAACCCCUGCAAUUAUGGUUGUUCCAACACUGAAGGUGGUUAUCUUUGUGGCUGUCCACCUGGCUACUACAGAGUUGGACAAGGCCACUGUGUCUCAGGGAUGGGAUUUAACAAAGGCCAGUACCUGCCACUGGAUGGAGAUGCUGAUGAAGAGAAUGCUUUGUCCCCUGAAGCAUGUUAUGAGUGCAAAGUCAAUGGCUAUUCCAAAAAAGACAACAGGAAGAAGAGAAGUGCUAACGAUACUAUUGAGCAGAUUAGCUUGGGAAGCCUAGACAUGGACAGUCCUUUGAAGAUGAGAGUCAACAUUUCCAGGCUUGACAAAAAUGAGCAUCUCCUAGAACUCAUGCCAGCCAUUGAGCCCCUUACCAACCACGUGCGCUACAUCAUCUCACAUGGCAAUGAUGAUGGCAUCUUUCGAAUCCAUCAGAGGGAUGGACUGAGUUAUUUGCACACAGUUAAGAAAAAGUCAGUGCCUGGAACUCACACACUGGAAAUCACUAGCAUUCCUCUAUAUAAGAAAAAGGAGCUAAAGAAACUGGAAGACAGCAACGAGGACAACUACCUCCUAGGAGAGCUCGGGGAAGCUCUCAGAAUGAGGCUGUGGAUAGACCUCUACUAGCCAUCUUCCAGACUGAGUCAAGUUCUUCAGUCACUUCUGUUCACCUGUCUACCCACCUGAGCAUAUCUGCUUUUCAAAGGCUUUGAAACAGUCACUGACUUUUGGGGAAGGAAGGGAGAGGGGAAGACCUCUUUCUUUCCAUCCUGUCGAGACUGCAGAACCAC